AUGGCUCGACGAAACUACAUUGCUGAUUCGAAUGAGUCAGAAAUCGAAACAGUCGAGCCACCAAAUAGUGAAAACUUCAGUAGACACACACCAAAGCUCGACCGAAUGCCCGAAUCCGCAUCGUCAAGUCAAGUCGGAGAGUCAAUUCAAAACUCAACUGAUGCUGUCCAGGCAGACGGCAAUACCGAUGAGACCGCAGAUGAGCAGGUAGCCGAAGACGAAAGCGAAGAUGCAGAGAACACAAUAGUCGUCAUGGUACCAGGACCAAAAAACCCCGAUGAUUUUGUGCCAUACCAGGAGGACGACACAGUAAAUUCGGUACUGGAAGAGUUAACUGGUUCUGAUGGCGAAACAUUGUACAGAGUUGAAUACGAGGAUGAGAGGCAAGGAAAAAUCACCUUGAAUAGAUUGUCACAUCUUCCAAACGGCAACAGCGCUUUGGACAUUUUCAAUAGCAAAGAAUCCUCGGAGUCGAUUUCAGUUGACAUGCCAUUAAAUUCUGAUCGGAGCAUGUCUUCCAGACGUACUCAUCAUCAGCCGACCAAUAAAGAUUUUGUCGAUAUCAGCAACGUUCAGCUAAGCUCUGAUUCUGACGAUGAGUAUUCCACACAAAACGGAAAGAUGAAGCGACACCUCGUGAAGAGGAAUAUGUCAACAGUUGACGUUGAAAAAGCACGCCGAAGCACUAGAGGUGGUAGUCGGCAAUCUUCUUCACGUCUCAUCUCCGACAACGAUGAGGAUGAUGAGGAUGGUUCCCAAUCGGAACUCACUAAACCAAAUGGUCAUGGGCCUAAACGUGCGACAAGAUCUGCUGCUCCCAGGAGAGCAAAUACGUCUGCUAAUUACCUGGAACAAGAUGAAGAUGAACUUGCUGCUGAUGUGCAAAUCGAGUCUGAGGGUAGCGAUAUAGCCUAUGCUAAACCAAAGAGACCACGCACAAGCAACACUCGUGCAGCUACCUCGAACUCUAACAAACGUGGACGACCACAAAAUCGAGGUGAUGAAUCUGAUGAUAGUUCUGAGUGGUCUAAAGAGCUCCCAUCUCGCACAUCGGGACGUGGAAAUAAAACCCACAAAAGCAUGAAGGAAAGAGAUAUCGAUGAAGAGCUUUUUGCUGAUGAGGUAGCUGGAAAGGGGGGCACGCCAAAAAUCAUCAGCAUACGAGAGAUCUAUCAGCCGGUAUCUGCGGGCUCCGACUUCAGUUUAUUUCAUGAUCAAAACUGCGAUGUUUGCGGUGGAACAGGCAAGAAUUCCAACAAAGGCAGAAGUGAACUUAUUUACUGUCAAGGAUGUUCAUCUUCGAUACAUAGACUUUGCUUGGGAUAUCGAGCAGGUCGAGAACACAUGGUUACCAAGGUUGGCCAUGAAAAUUUUGUUAUGCAGUGUCGACGUUGUAUCGGUCUAGCGGUCAAGAAGGAUCCCCUCGCCCCUCGACUUGGUGCUUGUAGUAGCUGCAAUGAACCUGGACCAUCUUGUGCUGCAUUCUCUGUAAAGAAAUCUGCCAAGCAAGAAGAGAAGCUGAGGGAAGAAAACGACGGUGAUGACCCAAUCACUAAUGUUCGCGAAGGCCUUGUCAACAAUCCAAACAAUGUACUGUUUCGGUGCCGAGGCUGCCAGCGUGGAUUUCAUUUUGAACACCUUCCCUUGCGCCUGAAAAAAUCGACCACGCCGCAGGAUACGGAACAGCUGCGCUCUCAAAGACUCAAAAGGUAUUCUAAGAAUUGGCAGUGCAAAGAAUGCUCCGAGACUACUGCAAAACUGCAAACUUUAGUUGCAUGGAGACUAUCAGACCGCAAAUCUUAUGCGGAAGGUGAUGAAUUUGACGCUUUUCGUGAGGAUGAGAAAGAAUACCUUGUCAAAUGGGAUGACAAGUCGUAUUUUCAAUGCUCUUGGAUGCCUGGUGCAUGGGUUUGGGGCGUUGCAGCAGGUUCUAUGCGCAAAGCCUUCAUUCGUCGAGAUGAGGGCGCCAAUCUGUUUCCAAAAUGGGAUGAAGAAGAGGCAAUUCCCGAGGAAUUCCUGCGAAUGGAGAUUGUGUUCGAUGUCGAGUAUGACGUUUCUUUUCAACCAAAAUCUGAAGCCUAUGACAAAGCUCAUAUUGAUGACGUUGUUCAGGUUUUGGUUAAGUUUAGAGGGUUAACCUAUGAUGAAUCUGUCUGGGAGGAACCUCCAUCCCCAGAUGUCGCUGAUCGCUGGAGUGACUUCGUCUCAGCUUACAAUGAAUAUGUCAUGGGCAAGUACUUUAAGCAAUCGCCUGCAAGUGCUUUAAAAGAGCGCAUCGAUGCAUUUCGGUCUUUGAACUUCCAGAAGAAGGUUGUACUAAAGAAACAGCCCGCAUCGUUGAUCGGUGGCGAGAUGAUGGGCUACCAAAUGGAUGGUCUGAAUUGGCUACUGUAUAAUUUCCAUCAGCAAAAGAACAUCAUUCUGGCCGAUGAGAUGGGACUUGGAAAGACGAUUCAGAUCAUCUCCUUGAUCGUAUCACUUGUGAAGGACAAACCAAAGUGUUGGCCGUUUCUUGUCGUAACGCCAAAUUCGACUUGUCCAAACUGGCGCCGCGAGAUCAAAAAGUGGGCACCUGACCUCCGUGUCGUUGCAUACUAUGGUGCUAAAUCGGCGCGAGAGAUGGCCAUGAAGUAUGAAUUGUAUCCGAAUGGCUGCUCUGAUCUUCGUGCUCAUGUCGUGGUAACUUCAUAUGAGGCACCAGUCGACGAUUCCAGCCGGGCUUUUUUCAAAAAAGUCAAAUGGGCUGGCAUGAUCGUUGACGAGGGCCAACGGCUGAAGAACGAUGGUAAUCUUCUUUAUGGUGCCUUAACAGCUUUGAAAGUGCCAUUCCAGGUUCUACUUACUGGUACGCCCUUGCAGAAUAACAAGCGGGAGCUCUUCAACCUUCUUCAGUUCUUAGACGGCUCCAUUGAUGCCGCGAAAUUGGACGAAAAAUAUGCUGAGCUGACAAAAGAAAACUUGCCAGAACUUCAUAAGCUCAUCCGACCUUUCUUCUUGAGGCGCACCAAACGAGAGGUGCUGAAAUUUUUGCCACCUAUGGCGCAGGUAAUCUUACCGGUCACCAUGAGUGUCGUUCAGAAGAGACUUUACAAGUCAAUCUUGGCAAAGAACCCAAAGUUAAUCAUGACAAUCCUUGGUCAGACGAAGAAUACUCUUCGCCCUACGGAACGAGGAAAUCUGAACAAUAUCUUGAUGCAACUUCGUAAAUGUCUUUGUCAUCCUUUCUUGUAUAGUUCGGCUGUUGAGGAGACUUCAUUGAGUCAGGAAGCUCUCCAUCGAAAUCUGAUCGAUGCCUCCUCCAAGUUUAAAUUACUGGAAUUGAUGCUCCCGAAGUUGCAAGCUCGAGGACAUAGAGUUCUCAUCUUUAGUCAAUUUCUUAAUCAACUCGAUCUUGUCGAAGACUUUCUGAAUGGCCUUGGCCUUCCCUUUCAGCGCUUAGAUGGUACGGUCAGCACACUUGAAAAGCAAAAGCGAAUUGAUGCAUUUAAUGCCCCCAACUCACCACUGUUUGCGUUUCUCCUUUCUACCAGAGCUGGUGGCGUUGGCAUCAAUUUGGCAACUGCAGAUACUGUCAUAAUCAUGGAUCCUGAUUUCAACCCUCAUCAAGAUAUUCAAGCUCUUUCACGAGCUCAUCGCAUUGGUCAAACGAAAAAGGUACUUGUCUUCCAACUAAUGACCAAGGAUAGUGCAGAAGAGAAGAUUGUUCAGAUUGGACGUAAGAAAAUGGCCCUUGAUCAAGCUCUCAUUGAAAGCAUGGAUGCGCAGACCGAUGCAGGGAUUGAUCUCGAAUCGAUUCUCAAGCAUGGUGCAGAAGCGCUCUUCCUUAACGAUGACAGGAAUGAUAUUCAUUACGAUUCGGCAUCAGUUGACAAACUUCUCGAUCGAGCUCAAGUCGAAACCACUGAUACUAACGACGACAAAACCGCAGAAUCUCAAUUUUCACAUGCUCGUGUAUGGGCCCAGGGGAAGGGAGCUCUGUCAGAUGAUGUUGAAGAUCCUGAUGCUGAUUCAGCUGCCCCCAAUGAAUCAGUAUGGCUUGCCAUCUUGAAACAACGUGAGGCGGAUGCUGCUCUCGAAGCUGCUAAGAACAUGCAAACGUUUGGUCGAGGAAAGCGCGCUCGACAGACCGUUGACUACGAAAAGUCACAGCCUGAACUAAUGGACUUGGACGAUCCUGAGGACUCGCCUCAAAAAAAUGGUCGCCGAGCUCGAAAGCCCCAUAGCGAUGAUGAAUUUCCUGGUCAUGGUGCAAAGGAAUCCGAAGCUGAGGAAUCCGACGCAUAUGAAAAUGUUGAUCCUCGAGAAUUGGAUAUAGGCCUGCCAGGUGUGAAAGGUAUGAAAUCAAAAAGUCCUGUUUACGCACGUCAAUCUUCCAAUAAGUCAAAACGCAAAAUGGAUGCUCAAGGCGGCAACAAACCACGCCUCGGAUCGCUUACUCUCACAAUUCCAUCCCCUAAAAAAUCGGGUAAGCAGCAGCAAGGCUCUAAGAAACAACCAGAUAGCUCUGUGAUGAAAAAGCCAGACAGCUCUGUGAUUAAACCAAGAAAACCUGACCAUAAAAAUCUUCUCGUGAAAUCAAUUCGCGGUGAAGAUACAAAGCCAUUUAAUGGCGUUAAUUCGUCAUUUAAUCUACCCGCAAUAGAUGUCCGUCAAAAGUUGGCGCAUCUGCAGAACUCCGAGACCGUUAAGAAGCAAGCUUCGACAAAGGCGUUUCUAGAUAAGCCAAACAGUCAGGCCAAUGCUUCAAAUAGACCCGUCAAAGGGUCGACAAUUUCUAGCUCAUUGCAGAAUGUUACAUCAAACGGACUUCCCGAACCAUCCUCUAUACUUUCUACUUCUGCUCAAGAUUCAUUUGCGAUUGCUGAAAAAAUUGAUAACUAUAUCGGGGACCACCAAGGACGAGCAGUCUCAUUCGAAAAAUGUGUCAAAGACUAUGAACAAUGGUCAAUAGUGAACAUUGGUACUAAUCGUGUAUUUAUAACUGCUCGGCACGCACAAGAGUGGCAUGAUCAAGGCCACAGACUCUUCGAGGACUUCAAUCGACUUUUACAACACUUCGAACAAUCGGCUCAAAAGGAGGAUGAUAUUGAGGAAGAAUGUAGAAUUGUGCUGCAAUCCGUACGAUCGGAAAUGGACAAAGGACCAUGGUUGUGGGAUCAAGUUGAGCAAAAGGCUCAACGAUUUUGGCCAGAACCACAGUCCUCUGCAAAUCAACAAUAUCCACAACAACUACAAGCCACCCACAGCCAGGAUGAUCCAAACCCUUCAUAUAGACAACAAUUGCAACAAGUACACCAAGGACAACAAGGACAAAAUAAUAACGAGCAAAGAAAGCGAGGACCGUAUAAGAAACGCGAGAACCAAGGAGCGGCUGUAGACCCUUCAGCAAACCUCAUCCAAGUUCCGGAUGUCCCACUUGGCGCACCAUCCGGACAAACCAGUAGCGAGCAGAAAAAGAAAAGACCUUACAAGAAACGUAAAAUAACCGGACUCAUCUUCGACUUGGAUAUCCCAGAGAACAUGGAACGAGCGAAACAGGACUAUUACCAAGAUCUUCAACAACAGAUAAUAGAGGCGCAAGCUCGAGAAGCGCGUGAGCUCCAAGAACAAGGACGCUCACAUGAAAUACCACGAUUUCCGCCACCCCUCCCCAUAGGAACUUCAUCCCAGAUUUUAUCACAACACAUCUCCAUAAUGACUAAGCCACUUAGCGGACCAUCUGGACAACAUGCAGAGGAAUCCUUUCAGCUUGAUUCAGACACAAAACCAUCAAGUCCGGUCAUCCGAUCCACCCCAGCCAUCGAGGUACCCGUGAAGCGCAAACGAGGACGCCCUUCUGGGUCCACGUCGUCUCAGCCAAAUUACCCCGUGACACUUGCACCAAUGCCUCCAAUGUCAAUUCGACCUAACGUACACUCUUGCCCACACUGCAACUUUGUUUAUACCAGAUUGGUGCCUUCUUGUCCUUGCAACGCUCCAACCACAGCGAUCCGUUUAAUGCUCGAUAAUUUGAAAGGCAUCAAGGACGAUCCUAAACAAGUGGCGGAUGCGGCCAAGUUGUUGAAAGAAGCAUUGGCAUCAAAAUUGGGUCCCCGAAAACCUUCUCAAAAAUAG